AUCACGGAUGAAACAAUGCUUUAUCAACGGCCAUGUCCAGAAUCCUGAGUAUAAAUGCCUUCUUUUUCGCAUUUCUUGGCAUUUUCCUUAGCAGCAAGCAACACAAUCACUGUACACUUUCGCUCUGCUUCUCAAACUUGCGUGAUUGGAGCUUUCUGGAGUUGGUUUAAUCCCUUGAACUGCUUCUCUAACUGCAGGCUUACUAAGUGGCAAUUUGGAUCAACUCGAAAGUAUCCCUCUCUUGUUCACAUAACCCUUCGGAAAAUACCAAAAUUGACUGAUUUGAAGUUUAAGUUGAAUUUCCGACAAUGCUUAAGUUCUUGAUCUUGUUUGUACUGUGCUUCACCUCUUCCGCACUUGCUGAGGGAGUAACUUGCUCGAAUAUUGUACCAUUGAAGAAUCGGAGAUAUAAUAUUUCUCUGACUGACUUUGGUGGUGUCGGUGAUGGGCGGACAUUGAAUACUAAGGCCUUUAGGGAGGCCAUACUUCAGAUUCAACACUUGGGAAGGGAAGGGGGUGCACUUCUUCACAUACCUCCUGGGGUUUACUUAACAGGGAGCUUUAAUCUUACCAGUCAUAUGACGCUUUACCUUGCCCCUGGUGCUGUUAUUAAGGCCACACAGGUUACGCAUAAUUGGCCUUUAACCGCACCAUUGCCAUCUUAUGGAAGAGGGAGAGAGCUCCCUGGAGGUAGAUAUAUGAGUUUUAUCCAUGGCGAUGGAGUCAAUGAUGUGGUAAUCACUGGUGAGAAUGGGACAAUUGAUGGGCAAGGAGAUAUAUGGUGGAACAUGUGGAGGAAGAGAACUCUUCAAUUUACCCGACCAAGCCUUCUUGAAUUGGUGAAUUCCACCAAUAUUAUCAUUUCAAAUUUGAUUUUCGUUAACUCUCCUUUCUGGAACCUACACCCAGUUUACUGCAGCAAUGUUGUUGUUCGAUUUGUCACAAUUUUGGCCCCACAUGACUCACCUAAUACUGAUGGAAUUGAUCCUGAUUCUAGUUCGAAUGUCUGCAUAGAGGACUCUUACAUAUCUACUGGAGAUGAUCUUGUUGCUGUGAAGAGUGGAUGGGAUGAAUACGGGAUUGCUUAUGGUCGACCAAGCUCUGAUAUUACCAUCCGUCGUGUAAAUGGAUCUACACCAUUUUCUGGAAUCGCAGUCGGCAGUGAAACCUCCGGAGGAGUUGAGAAUGUACUUGCAGAACACAUCAACCUAUACAACACGGGAGUUGGCAUUCACAUAAAGACAGACACUGGCAGAGGAGGGCAAAUAAGGAACAUAACCGUGCUUGAUGUGUAUGUAGAGGGUGCAAGGAAGGGAAUAAAGAUUGCCGGUGAUGUUGGUGGCCACCCGGAUGACAAAUUCGACCCUAAGGCUCUCCCCAUUGUCAAGGGAAUCACAAUUAAGAACGUUCGAGGUGUGAAGGUUCUGCAAGCAGGUCUGAUACAAGGAUUGAGAAAUGCCCCUUUUACUGGUAUUUGCCUCUCUGACAUCAAUUUUCUUGGAGUGAAAGGAUCUGCUAGAUCUCCUUCUUGGAAGUGUUCUGACGUGCUUGGAGCUGCUCAUCAGGUAAGCCCAUGGCCAUGUUCGGCGUUGACCAGCAAUCAACCAGGAUCAUGUGCUAAUCACUCCCAAGUUUAAUAAAGAUUUUAGCUCGCCGUACUCAAUGAUAAUUACAAAGAUUUUCUUUCCUUAUUGAACAUUCAUUAUGAAAGCCGAAGGUAAUGAAUUACUUACAGUUCCAAUAUGGUCGAAUUUGGUGUCACCUCUCCAGGGCCAUACAGUUGAGCGAAGCAGUUAGAUUAUUCUCGAGCUAGUCUAGGCAUGUCAGGACGUGUCUGGAUGUCCAGGACAGUCCAAGACGUGCCCGGAUAGGAUAUUGAUUAUUAAGGUCAUUCCAGGAGGUUACUCUGAUCAAUAGGACAAGUUUACUUUGAUCAAUAGAACAAGUUUCAUCGUAUAUUUUUUCACAGUCAUAUUAUAAAUCUCGUGAUGUUUCAUUCCUUACGAUAUUUAUAAUGUCCAACUUUCAGUUCUCGGA